AUGCCGAGCGUGGCCGCCAUGCUUUCCUCUUCCGAUCAUAGGGAGAACAAGCUCCUAAGCGACCAUGGAACCCGCUCAUCGAGCAGAGCAGACGCGGUGGCCGCUGUGUCCCGUUCACCCACGAGCCCGCGUGCUUCUUCCUUCCCUGAUGAGGGUGCAGUGGUGAUGCAAAGCUGCGAUCGCCACUCUCCUUUUACGACGGACCCGACGUCGCCGUGGCUAAACUGCCGCAGUACCACCACCACAAGUCUAGACGCCGACGACGAAGCCGACGAGCAAUCUCCAGUGAACACGUCAGAAUCUGCGGCGACGCCGUCGCCCUUGGCGGCACUUGCGUUGGACUACGGUCACCGCCAGCGGACGGCAAUUGACAGCUGCCAGGACACGUCUCAGUACGUGGCAAACGGCACGGGCGAGGUUGCUGAUGUGAAUCCUACAACGGACACGGAUCAAUAUGUGCUUGAGCGGCAGCAGUCAACCAUGCCCACCGACUCCGCUGCAUCGGGAGCGAAUGGGAGUGCAGCUGUGCAGACCCUUGUGCGGCGGAGAUCUACGAAGCGAAGUCCCUCGUUCAGCUCGGCUCUCCUCAAGCUGGGAGGCAGUGGUACCAUGCCCUCCUCGACAGCGGCUUCCUUUCCCGGAGUUCCACCCCUCUCCGCGAAAGCUUGCGCUUCAUCUGUACAGUCCACUAGUGCUGCCACGUGCGGCCCCUCUGGCGAAGUGGCCACAGCCACACGUGCUCCUGCUGCAAGUGUGGCGUCUACUGACUCAGUGUUUCCCUCUCAGACAUACAGCCUGCGCGCCGACAGCGAUGCCAUCACGAAUAGAAGUGGCUCCCCAAGCCCGCCGGCGCUGACUUCACUUGCGACAGCGACGGCCAAGUUGCUGGACAGCUUCCCAGCCUUGCACACCUCUAGUGUGCCACUGUCUCCGUUGGGCACGGAACUUCGGCUGUCCUCGCGGACGGCGGUGGAGCUGCAGCACUUCGGCUGCUGCGUCUUCUUCUUCCCCGCCCCGUUUGUGUCAUGGCUGUUUCCGCUGGCGGGUCACGUGGCCAUCAGCAAUGCUGAAGGAUCACGACUGUUCACGUUCGAGUCGUCCUACUAUGUCCGGGAGGAGAAGCUGGUGUCGGUGCUGGAUUGCGUGCUGCGCGAGGAAGUGCUGGAGCCGCGCACCACCUCGCUGCUACGGGAAGCUUCGCCCUUAGGGAGCCGAGUGGAGCUAUCCCAGCUCCCCGUUACGACCACUUCGCGAUCCCCGACGUCGUCACAGCAGCUGGGGGCGUUAGUGAUGAGCGACGCCUCAGCUUCAGACGCCGCCUUGACGUCGCCCUCCGAUACGAGUGCAGGGGCACUGCUACAGUGCAGCGCGACAAGCUCGGUGUUUUCCUCCCGCUGUAGCGCACGCCCACUGCGGCGCGCGGGGCGACAAAGGUCAGCGGCUGGUGCAUCAGCUUCCGGCCACGCGCACACUCAGUGCGUCCGCAUCUGGGAUCUGAAGCCACUGCUGAUGGAGAGUCGCGGACGUCGGACCCGUCGUACGCCGUCCUGCUUCACCACUCAGGGGGGUAAGCAGGCUGCUGUAGUGCUCUGGGAGCGCUUGCAAGGGUUACUGCAACCGUCAGAGAUCUCCACAUCCUCGGCGCAGGGAGCAGCGACGGCAGGCGCCUCCACAAGUACAACAUCGUCGCUCAUUCGCCGAACGUCGAACAUGAAGCAUCGGUACACGUCAGGCUAUCACAGUGACGAUGCAGACGGCAUCCGUUCAGCUCCCGGCAUGAGCAGCAGCAGUGGCGAGGAGGAGGGAGGGGAGUACGAGCUGCUGGACGCAGAGACAGCUCAAUUCUACAACAGGAAUCUAAACGCCACAAUCCGCCUCUUCCGUGGCAGCGCUGACGGCAGCAUCAACUCGCCCGAUGUUGUGCUGCAGCACCACAGCUCCUUCUCUUUCGUGGGCUUCGUGCUGGAGGCGUGUGGUGUGGGGAGCCAGGGAAAGCCGAACAGCACUGUCUCCGCUCCAAAGCCGCCCGUGAAGGACGAAGCUAGCGGUGGAAAUGCAGUUACACCCCCAAAGCCUUCUGGUGACACGAACGGACCGGCGACCGCUCCCGCAUCUGAUGACGCUGUGCCCGGCGAGAGCCUUAGCUCUGAAGAGGAAAUUCACUGGGGUGUCAUGAAGCUACUUUUCCACGUGUCCGUCUUUGGCAAGUGGCAUCGUGGUAAGCGACGACUGUGGCGCGUGGUGCACGGUGGCAGCAUCACAAGUGCUACCAUUCUCUGGGUGGCGAUCAUUGCCUUGGCGUACCACUAUUUCGAACUUCUGUUCCUUUGA